UUCACAACAUCUCAGAAGUGUCCAGAACCUGCCUACAUGGUGGAUAUACUUACUACAGAGUUUACAUCAUGUCAAGAACAUCUGCCUCCAGUGAGACUGCUAGGCGCCUUCCGUUGGUCCUAAGAAAAAACCGAAUAAUAAGUAUGUCAAGUGAAAGCUCGGAUGACGAUAUACCACCGAUAAUUGUUAGAAGACGUCACCGCUCCAACGGUAGCAAUAAUGACGAUAAUGAUGGAUUGAACACUAGCACGCGCGAGGGUACAAAGCGCAAACAAGACGUUGCAGAUGAGGGCGCACAUUCAAUUCAAAGCGCCGUAAAUCAGGAGGAUCUGGUAGCACCGUCAACGUUAAAGAUUUGAUUGAAGCACUUAACAGCAGAAGUAAACCGUCCAUUAGUUCUCAUCAAAUGUUGAAUGCUUUACCGGAGUUCGAUCCUGAUAAUAAGAGCCAAAAUAUCGAGAUCUGGUUGCACAAGGUAAACGAGUACGCACGAAUAUAUGAAUGGAAUGACGUCCAAACAUCUCACUACGCGACGCAAAAGUUGGUCAGUACAGCUAAGAAAUGGCUUUAUUCGCUACCAAGCAUGAAUUUUACGUGGCCAGACUGGCAAGUAAAACUACGUCGUGCCUUUCCAAUCGACGACAACUUUGCACUUAUGUUGGAAGAAAUGUUUGCUCGAAAAACUAAAGUCGAUGAGAGUUUGCGCACAUAUUUCUACGACAAAUUGAUGCUGUUGAAUAGAUGCGAGAUCACCGGGAAAAAGGCAGUAGAUUGCCUUAUUCACGGCAUAUCGGAUGUAUCGAUGAGAAAUAGUGCGCAGGCACUUAAAUGCGUAGAGCCGGAAGACUUAUUACAAUAUUUUGUAAUUCAACAACCCGAAAAAGCCUUCUCAUUCACACAAAAGAAACGGGGCUAUGCUGAAGGAAUGGAAAGAAGAAUGUUUCGCAAGAUACGUUGUUUUAACUGCGGUGUUGAUGGACACACAUCAAAUAGAUGUCCUCAGAAGAAAGAAAUUUUGAAUACGAAGUCGUCGAUCUGCUUUAAUUGUAAAGAAGAGGGACAUCGAUUUAGUAACUGUCCCAAGACACUUAUGAAGUGUAAAGCUUGUGGCAUGAUUGGCCACAAUGAUCAAAACUGUCGGUUUCCCUCUUCUAAAAACGCAACGAAGACUGAAAAGGUGUUAAAUAUUGUUAGUUCUAAUACCAAUGAAAAAUUUGUUAAAGAAAUUGAUGUUAACAAUAAAUCAGUACAUGCUUACAUUGACUUUGGUAGCGACUGUUAUGAAUUUAACCGAAGCUGA